AUGGAGUCACAUAAGAAAAAGUGUCGCCCACCGCAUCCAAGAGCUACAGCUAACCCACUAUCAGCACUCACAUUUGCAUGGACAUUACCCAUGUUCUGUGGUGGAAUAAAAAAAGAAAUGGAGGAAGAAGAUCUCUAUGAACCUCUAGCAGAACAUUCAUCAGGACCAUUAGGAGACAAAUUUGCACGUUUAUGGGAGGAAGAGGUUGCGCGGGCAGAAGGAAAGAGAAAACCAAGUCUUUUACGAGUCAUAGUGAGAGCAUACGCAGCUAGGUGUAUGCUCUACGGAUUUGUAUUGCUAUUCAUGGAAUGUGGGAUCAGGAUCCAGCAGCCACGUAUGCUGGGCUCGUUCAUCGGGUACUUCGGACAAGAAGAAGAACGUUUCUUGCGCGACCGAAUUUUGUUGCUCCGUCGACGCAUGGAUCUCUUUAAUAAUGACAGUAAUCAUACACAGAUAGCUCAGCCUGUGUUCCUCGGCAAGCUGGUGGAGUACUACAGUCCUAAGACUUCACUAACAACAGAACAGGCGUACAUGUACGCCAUUGCCGUUGUUUUGUGUUCUGCACUAAACGUAUUCGUCGUGCAUCCAUACAUGAUGGCCAUAUUACACAUGGGCAUGAAGUUCAGAGUUGCCUGCUGCUCACUUAUUUAUAGAAAGUCAUUACGACUUUCCAAAACUGCACUAGGCGAGACAACAGUCGGCCAAGUAGUGAACCUACUCUCAAACGAUGUGAAUCGUUUUGACGUGGCGAUCAUAUUCCUCCAUUACCUGUGGAUCGGUCCACUUGCCACGGUCAUAAUCACUUACUUCAUGUGGAUUGAGAUCAGCUGGGCCGCUGUCGUCGGGGUAGGAGUCAUGCUGGCGUUCAUUCCGUUACAAGCGUACCUGGGUAAGCGCACAUCUACACUAAGACUGAAAACAGCGCUGAGAACUGAUGAGCGCGUGCGACUAAUGAACGAGAUCCUCUCCGGUAUACAAGUCAUCAAAAUGUAUACCUGGGAAAAACCAUUCGCAGACCUCGUAGCGAAAGCAAGGAAACGUGAAAUCAAACAAAUAAGGGCAACGUCCUACAUCCGGGGCGUGUUGACAUCCUUCAUAAUGUUCACAACUAGAAUCUGCUUAUUUUGUUCAAUCCUCGCGUACGUGCUCGACAAUAACUUUAUCAGCGCCAAACAAGUCUUCGUGGUUACUAGUUUUUACAAUAUAUUAAGACAAACUAUGACAGUCUUCUUUCCCCAAGGUAUCGCACAAGUAGCAGAAGCAACAAUAUCGAUAAAACGGUUACAAAACUUUAUGCUGUAUGAAGAUACAAGCAAGCCCGUGCCCGGCCUAGCAGAAAUACAAACAUCGACAAAACCUAAAAGCGAAGGUAAAAAAAAAACAGCGGAAGUAAUUAAAGAAGAACCUAAGUUUACUGACGACAUUACUGCGGAUAACGAAGACAUAGAAGUUAAAGAAGAGGAGCCCAUGGUUAAAGGCAAUGGUAAAGCAAACACGAAUCUAGCGCCACUGGAGUCCGGGGAAGAAGAUGACCAGGAAAUAGCGGCAAGAGUAGAAGAAGAUGCUAGAGGGGUGCGAUUAAAACAUGCCACUGCAAAGUGGAUAUCUUCGCAUCAAGAGAAUACGCUAACAGACCUCUCGCUGACAAUCAAACCGGGCAAAAUUAUUGCAGUCAUUGGGCCAGUUGGAGCAGGGAAAUCAUCACUGUUACAUGUAUUGCUGCGUGAGCUUCCUCUUAUAUCCGGUUCUUUACACGUUGGCGGCACGGUCUCGUAUGCCAGUCAGGAACCUUGGCUAUUCGCAGGCAGCGUGAGACAGAACAUUCUGUUCGGUCAGGCGAUGGACCGCCCGCGGUACAACACGGUGGUGCGGCGGUGCGCGCUGGACCGCGACUUUACUUUAUUCCCGCACGGAGACAAGACCAUCGUCGGAGAGAGGGGCGUUAGUCUCAGCGGAGGUCAACGCGCUCGUAUAUCGCUGGCCCGCGCCGUGUACAAGCGAGCGGACAUCUACCUACUAGACGACCCGCUCUCGGCAGUGGACGCGCACGUCGGCCGCCAUUUGUUCGAGUCAUGUUUAGUCGGAUACCUCCGCAACACCACCCGGAUACUCGUCACACAUCAGCUGCAGUUUCUUAGAGACGUUGAUCAAAUCGUAAUUCUAAAAAAUGGUUCUAUAGCAGCGGCAGGCAACUUUGACACGUUAAGCGCGUCAGGGUUAGACUUCGCCAAGUUGUUAGCUCGCGAAGAGGAAGAAGAUAAGCCAGCCACCGAGCCUAGCGUUACCGAAACUGACAGCGAGUCUGUACUACACGGCAGCUUUAGGAAACGUCAGAUGAGUAUACACUCGGUGAGCUCGGUGGACAACCUGACGGCCACGGCGCCGCCCGAGAGCGGGCGCGUGGAGGCGGAGGCGCGCAGCGCGGGCGCGGUGGGCGCGGCCGUGUACGGCGCCUACCUGCGCGCCGCCGGACACCCGCUCGCCGUGCUGCUCAUGCUGCUCGUGGCCACGCUCGCGCAGGUGCUGGGCUCCUCCUCCGACUGGUGGACCAGCUACUGGGUAACCCUUGAAGAAAAUAACCUAUCUACCAGAGUGAUGUACAAUUUGACUAGCCGCUUUCAAAAUGAAAACUUCAAGGACACUGACCUCAACAGAUACGAUUGUAUAUAUAUUUAUAGUGGUAUGGUGAUAGCCCUAGUGGUAGUGUCUCUAUUGCGGUCAUUCAUGUUCUUCUCAAUGGCGAUGCGCGCGUCCACGAGACUGCACAACAAUAUGUUUGCGUCCAUAACCCGAGCACCGAUGAGAUUCUUCCAUAUGAAUCCAUCUGGCAGAAUCCUGAAUAGAUUCUCUAAAGAUAUGGGGUCUGUUGAUGAAGUGCUGCCAUCUGCGUUGCUCGAUGUGUUACAAAUUGGCCUCUCCCUCAUCGGUAUCGUGGUCGUAGUAGGGAUAGUAAACUACUGGCUGUUAUUACCAACUGUUGCAAUCGGGUUCGUCUUUUACGGGCUGCGCAUUUUCUAUAUAUCCUCCUCCCGCAGCAUCAAGCGCCUCGAGGGUGUGACUCGCAGUCCAGUGUUCUCUCACCUGAACGCGUCGCUCCAGGGCAUCACUACGAUCAGAGCGUUCGGCGCGCAAGAGGCUCUCAUCAGGGAGUUCGACAACCAUCAGGACUUGCACAGCUCCGCCUGGUAUUUGUUUAUUGCUAGUUCAAGAGCGUUUGGGUUUUGGCUGGAUCUUGUAUGCGUGAUUUACAUCGCUGUUGUUACACUUAGCUUCCUCGUUUUGGGAAACAAUGAGUACGGUGGUAAUGUUGGUUUAGCUAUCACUCAAGCCAUGGGCCUUACCGGAAUGUUCCAGUGGGGUAUGAGGCAAUCCACGGAAUUAGAAAAUCAAAUGACCAGUAUUGAAAGAAUUCAAGAAUAUUCAAAUAUCGAAUCAGAACCGCCUCUGCAGUCAGCACCGGAAAAGAAACCUCCUCCAUCUUGGCCCGAGGCGGGUCGGUUGGAAUUCAAGCACGUAUACUUGUAUUAUACGCCCUCUGAACCACCCGUUCUCAACGACCUUUCAUUCGAAGUACAGCCACAAGAAAAAGUUGGCAUCGUGGGCAGAACAGGAGCUGGGAAGUCGUCACUCAUUAAUGCUUUGUUCAGGCUAGCAACAAUUGAGGGAGACAUCAUAAUAGAUGGCCGUGAAACGUCACAGCUUGGUUUGCAUGAACUACGCAGUCAGAUUUCAAUCAUCCCUCAAGAACCCGUUCUAUUCUCCGGCACCAUGCGACAUAACCUUGACCCCUUCGAUGAAUAUCCAGAUCAGGUUCUGUGGCGGGCGCUUGAAGAGGUGGAGUUGAAGGAAGCCGUGCAGGAGCUGCCGGCGGGCCUGUCGUCGCGCAUGUCGGAGGGCGGCGGCAACUUCAGCGUGGGACAGAGACAGCUCGUGUGUCUCGCUCGCGCCAUCGUGCGCCGCAACAGGCUGCUCGUGCUCGACGAGGCCACGGCUAAUGUCGACCCUCAAACUGAUGCUUUAAUUCAAACGACAAUAAGAAACAAAUUCGCCAAGUGCACAGUGCUCACAAUUGCUCAUCGGUUGCACACCGUCAUGGAUUCGGAUAAGGUGUUAGUGAUGGACGCUGGUCGCAUGGUAGAAUAUGACCAUCCGCACAAUUUGCUGCAGAAACCGGAGGGAGUGUUGCGCGCCAUGGUCGACCAGACCGGCCGCGCCACCGCAGAGACACUCGCUAGAGUCGCGCUACAGGCAUAUGAAAAUCAACAGAAGCAGUCAGCGGGUCCUUCCGUUUGA